CUCUUUGCUCAGCGAAAGAGUUGGAUGUGACGGAAGUGCUGAGAUAAGGGCAGCGCUUCAGCGAGCGGAGACUGGUGGAGCCCGGCCCGGCGAACGCAGCCAUCGGAUAGAACCUUGCCCCGUUCUCCGAGUUGCAACACGGAGUUCCAAUAGAACGUUACCCGGUCCCGUGAUUUGCAACACAGCGUUCCAAUCGAGCGUUGUCCGGUCCCCUGAUUUGCAACACGGCGUUCCGAUCGAACCUUGCCCCGGUCUCCGAGUUACAACACGGCGUUCCAAUAGAAGGUUGCCUGGGUUCCCGAUUUGCAACACCGAGUUCCAUUAGAACCUUACAUCGGAUCGCACGCCAGAGAGUUGGUUGAUUGAGUCCCCGGAGAGAGAGUGUGUGAGAGAGAACGCCUGAGGAUGAGCAACUACACGGUCUCUCUGCUUGGCCCCGCUCCAUGGGGAUUCAGGCUUCAAGGAGGCAAGGACUUCAACAUGCCCUUGACCAUCUCCAGGCUGUCGGAAGGCGGGAAGGCGGCACUGGCUGGCAUCGAGGUGGGCGACGUGGUUCUGUCCAUCGACGAGGCCAGCACUGACGGGAUGGCCCACCUGGCGGCGCAGAACAAGAUCAAGGCUUGCACCGGGUCCAUGAAACUCAGUCUGCAGAGGGCCUCGCCGGCUGCAAAAUCCGCGGGGACAACUGUGCAAAAGGAUGAGUCCAGAGAACACGCUAUCCCCGUUGCAUCCAUCACUCCCAUGAUUCCCAAGGCCCCUCCUGCGGCCGGCACUGCCUACAAUAAGACAGCUCGGCCUUUCGGUGCCACAUCCUCACCCAGGCUCUCGCCUGCCCCCCUCGUCCCUGCUUCAUCACCCCUCACUCAGCUGCCAGCUCCAUCACCGGCAUUGAUGCCCCAGCACCCAGCUGCCUCCCCGCCGCCGAUACUGGCACCUCCACUGCACGUGCAUGCCGGCGCCAACGUUGGCACCGCUGGGCGUUCACUGCCGGUCAACGCCGCCAAGCCGCUGGUAACCCCGCCCGUUAACCCCUCGCGGCAGCCCAAGGUGUACAACACGCCCAUUAAUCUCUACUCCUCUGACAAUGCCCACGAGGUGGCAGAGGGACAGAAGCGAGGACUGAGAGAGGGGCAGACUGACGGCAAGCAGCAGAACGGGACACACCUAUCAAAAUGGUCUCCCAGGCGAAUGGUGACCAGUGCCUUUGCUGAUGUCCAACAUCAUCAUCUUAGCGAUCAGAGCAAGAAGCGUUUAAUGCAAGACACGGAGGACUGGCAGCCCAAGACAGGCACAGCUCAGUCACGUUCCUUCUCCAUCCUGGCUCAGAUGACGGGCACCGAGCAUUCGGAAACAUCAGGGAGUGAGGCGAGCAAGAAGACAAGCGGCGAGCUGUCGGAGGUUCUGAAACCCUGUGCGCCGGCCACGGUCUCGGUCAAGCCCAUGUCGAAGUCCAGCGGAGUGUGCCGCACAUCCCCAGCCUCGGCCAUACCCAGCUCCACCUACAAGCCCAGCAGCCUCCCCGGCACUGCCAAAACAACUGCCUGGCAGCCCACAAACUCGGCAGUAAACAGUUUCUCCAAGACUGCCUUGCCUACUGCACACGUUUCUCCUGCCAACUCUACAUCCAACUCGAAGGUGUCCAGCCCUGCGAUGUACAAGUCCCCACUGCAAGACGAUGACACUUUGGUCCAGAUGGCUGAGCAUAUCCCAGCGGGGAACAGGGCCCCCAUGUGUGGCCACUGCAACAUGGUUAUCAGAGGCCCGUUUCUGGUGGCCAUGGGCCGCUCGUGGCACCCGGAAGAGUUUACUUGUGCCUACUGCAACCUCUCGCUGGCUGACAUUGGGUUUGUGGAAGAGAAUGGAGCGGUCUACUGUGAGAAGUGCUAUGAGCAGUUCUUUGCCCCCGAAUGUGGCCGGUGUCAAAGGAAGAUCCUGGGGGAAAUCAUCAAUGCCUUGAAGCAGGCUUGGCACGUCAACUGCUUUGUGUGUGUGGCUUGCAAGCAUCCCAUUCGUAACAAUGUCUUCCACAUGGAGGAUGGGGACCCUUACUGCGAGAAAGAUUACUACAAUUUAUUUGGCACUAGUUGCCAAGGCUGCGACUUCCCUAUCGAGGCUGGAGACAAGUUCCUGCAAGCCUUGGGCCACACCUGGCAUGACACCUGCUUUGUCUGCUCUGUCUGCUGUGCAAAUUUAGAAGGUCAAACCUUCUUCUCGAAAAAGGAGAAGUUAUUGUGCAAGAAACACGCUCACACUGUGAACAUCUAAACUCGACGAGCCGCCAUGAAGCGGUGGAGUAAAGAGAACAUUUGGAAGAGUUGAAGACAAACAAAUAAUUUGUUUAACUUUUCUUCUUGUAUAAGACAGCCAACCCAUGAUUAGUUAUUGGGUUUGAUGGGGGGGAAAAAAGAAUUUGUAUAAGGUGUCUGAAUAUCGUUUGGUUUGGGACUCUACUUAGAUCCUUUGCUAAAAAUAUCUAGUGGUGUGGUCACAUUUCAGAAAGACAUUGGAAUACACUUACCUGGAAUCUUUUAUUGGGAAUCUUUUAGUGACUUGUUGCAGAACAGCAUCUUUAAAGGAGCAAGGUUUCUUAAAAGGCACAGCACUCAAAAAACUCAUUCCCUGCUUGCUCGAAUGAUGUAGUAAUUUAGGUAGCGUGAUCACACUAUACUUCUGAUUGACAAUUAACAUCUGUGUAAAUGUAAAAUGUCUCUAAAUGCCAAUUGUAGUCAUAGAAACAUACAGCGUGGAAACAGGCCCUUCGGCCUAACUUGCCUACUUUUGUAGAUUCAUAACUGAAACUAUCUCUUUUGCUUUUUUAAAUAACAUCUCCACAUUUACAUUUCUUAACUUAAUUGAGUUUUUUCCAUAAGAAAUGUUAGUUCCAA